AUGGCUUUGGCCUACUGCUGGGGCUUAGUCUUUGCCAUCUACCUCAUGGGACACGGACUGGUCUCCAUACCGAAGCGCCUGAUUCGCGACGCCAACAUAGCGAACAAACUACGCCGUCUUCAGGCAAAAGCGCCAAAGGCAUACGAGAAAAUGGAAGAUUCCGCGACGUCGUUGGAAGAGAUUGAAGCCCAAGUUGUGGAACUCGCGAAGCGCAAGAUCGGCAGCGCCGCCGACUUUCGCGACUGGAUUGAAGAGCUGCAAGAAAUUGCCAACGUUUCUGAGACGAGACCGCUCGCCACGGCCUUUGAUGUGAACACCAUGGACCGAACUGUUCCCAAUGUCAUGACGUCAAAGUACCUGGCCGACCUCACACGACGGCUGAUCCGGGCCAAGCACGCGAGGUCACGUUUUGUUCUCGAGUGGCAUGAUUUGGUAAACGAGGCCGGAAAAACGCAGGCAAUUUUGGAUUCCGCGGCGUCAAAAAAGCUCGAUUUCGGAGACGUUUCACCUCACGCGGAGCUAUGGGAUAAAGCCAAGCUCCUCAACCCUUACACUAGGUAUCUAUGGCACUAUCAGAUCGCGCCGUACAUGCAGAUUGGCCUGGGAAUACUACUCACCUUGGCUUCUGCAUGCGUUGUUUGGUCUGAAGUAGUCAAGCUGCCCUUUCCCCACCUGUCAGUCAUCCGUCUGAGUGUUAUUCAUCACUGGGUUGGCGACAGGGCUGAGGUGGGCUUCGCGGGGCAAGUCAUUUCCGCUUUUUGGAUUUGCUACAUGUGUGCAGCGGCGCUCGUGACCAUGACUGAAGUCAAGGUGUGGCGUGGGCGAGCCCUCGUGCGGCGCAACACUGGCUAUGAAGCCGCUUUCUGGUACGCGAUGCAGGUCGCCAAGCUGACCGUACCGCUGUCCUACAACUUCUUGACCUUUUUGUCCAGCGAAGUGUACACAAAGACUGCGUUCUACGGUUUUCUAGGCCGUCUGGUUGACUUUACCCACCUCGGUCGCUGGUUUGACGACCUGUUCCCCUACUUGUUGAUCAUCCCGGUCAUUGCGGCCACGUUUGGCCUAUACGGCAAAGUAAAGCGAUUAUUUGUCGGCAUCGACUUGCUCGACGACGACGAAGAAAACUUGACCGGCUAUGGCACGGGCUCAUGGCGCGAGGGGCGUGACUUGAUCGAGAGAGAGCUGGGUGGCGAGACCAUUCGCCGUCGCGACGAGUUGUUUGCGAGACUGGCCACCGCAAGCAGCGGCAGCGGCCGGACCGACCCUGUUCUCUCGGUGCCGCCUGGCGAAAGCGCUUCGCGGGGCGCACCGCGGACUAUUGGCGUAGGCUCGGCUACAGGUGGCCAAAGAGCGGGCGCCUCUGCCCGACGCUACUUGGACGAUCCGCCCGAGGACGAUGGCCUAUUUCAAAUCAUCGGUCACCGCAUGAAGAACACGGUGGAUAAUAUAGAGACGCCUAAAUGGUUCCAGGACCUGGGACAGGGCUUCAAGAAGCCAAAAUGGAUGGGCGGCGACGGUAAUUCCUCCAGUAGCCAAGAAAGAAGCGAUAUACGGAGCUGGUUCGGCGGUAGUAGCAACAACAGCGAGGGUGGGCAGAUUCGAUUGUAA